AUGAGCUCUGAAAAUAACAUUAUAAGAAGAAAGCUAGUAAUAAUCGGAGAUGGUGCAUGUGGAAAGACAUCUUUAUUAUACGUUUUUACCUUAGGUAAAUUUCCAGAACAGUAUCAACCAACAGUUUUCGAAAACUAUGUUACGGAUUGUCGAGUUGAUGGAAUAGAUGUGCAGUUGGCUCUUUGGGAUACGGCUGGUCAGGAAGAAUAUGAAAGAUUAAGACCACUAUCAUAUUCCAAAGCGGACGUGAUAAUGAUUGGGUUCGCUAUUGAUGAUCCGGAAUCAUUAUAUAAUACGAGAACAAAGUGGAUACAAGAAGUUGUCAGGUAUUGUCCCCAAGCACCUGUUAUUCUAGUUGGUCUAAAGAAAGAUUUGCAAGAUAAUUAUAAACCGAGUAGGGAUGGUUAUAAUAAAGAAUUUGUUAAAAAAGAAGACGUUAUUAGAAUAGCGAAUGAGAUUGGUGCAAAAAAAUACAUGUUUUGUAGUGCAUUAACUGGAGAAGGUGUUGAUGAUGUUUUUGAAGUUGCUGUUAGAACAAGUUUAUUAGUUAACAAAAAUCAUGAUAAUGGGUGUUGUAUCAUAUCAUGA